AUGGUCUUCUCUGGCAAACCUUCGCGAGCAUGCGAACCCUGUCGAGAGAAGCGCAGAAAGUGUGAUCUCAAAAAGCCCUCCUGUUCCACAUGCAUGCGGAUGAAAAUCUCAUGUUUUGGAUAUCGAGACGUUCACUCAGUCAAGAUCAAAGACCAAACCUCAGCCGUCAUACGGAAAGUACAACGCCAGAGAUGUGUCAACGCAAAAGCAAGCCCCGAUUCCCACAGCUCAUUCAGCGAUUGCAACUCUCCGAUUCAGUCAAUUAGUCCCAGCGACAUGGAGGUAGACUGUCUCCGAAUCUCAAGUCCCCCCGAAGAACUUGCACUAGGGUACUUCCUUUUUGUCUUCACAAAGUCCGGCCCAUUCACGUACCUUCAUGAACACACAACUACUCUCGCCAUCGAUGAUGACAUAAUACAGGCCAUUCACGCCCCGGCUCUCGCCUCUCUAGCUCUCGAACAUCGCCGUGUGGACCUAUUACGUGCAGCCCGUUACCACUACUCCAAAGCCUUGACUCGGACAAACCAAGAUCUAAGCGAUCUCCAAGUGGCCAUCCUCGACAAGACCCUUCUUCGUGUGCUGUUGCUCUCAACCUUUGAGGGAUUAGUCUUCGAAGGUCGAGGCUCAACGAAAAACUGGGAGCUCCACGUGCAAGGUUCAUUAAGACUUUUGGUGCUGCGAGGAAGACAACAAUUCCAGACUGAAUUUGGGCGCAGACUGUUUCACCAUACAGCCGUCAAUGUGUUGACAAAUUGCAUAAUGCAAUCAAGCCCGAUAGCAGACGACUUUUUAGAACUCUUUGAUUAUGCCCUUUCCGACCAGUCGGGACUCGAUAUAUCGAGGACUCACAUGAUUGGAUUUGUCUGUCAAUUCGCCAAGCUGUCUGGCAGAAAGGACAUGUUGGCGACGGACUUUGUGAGGGAGUGCAUGGACCUUAACCAGAAGGCCGUCGCGUUCGUCGAUACAUUCUUCCAAGAACUGCCGUACGAGAUUAUCAAUGUCACGUCCGAGGAAGACCGACAGAAUGCCCCUGGCACGGAGAUCUGCGCCUACAAAGAUACUAUACACAGAUAUCAGUCUCAACAGUCAGCUCGUGUCUACAACACCGCUAGGCUCAUGCGAUUGGCAGUCAACGAGUGGAUAUUCACCGUCUUCGAUCGAAAUCCCCAUCAAGUGAUCCUCAAUGAACCCGGCGAAGAUGAUCCCCUUAAAGCCACCUGGAGCCAGCUUCCCAUCAAGGCCGCACUGCAAGCCAGCGAUGUAAUUGACGACAUGCUAGCCAGCGUUCCAUACUCGCUAGAGCUGCUGAAUACGCCGUUCCGAACAGCUUCACGAUAUGUGGUCUGGCCACUUGCAAACGCUGCAGGAUCUGAAGUUUGCCCUCCACCUGCGAGGCUGUACAUCAUCGAUCGGCUGAAAGAGCUGGCUGUCAAAGCAAACCUUGACCAGGCUAUGCAAGCGGCGAAUAUGCUGGAGGAGAGAGUGCCGUUAGAGGACUGGCAAGUUAGCCUUGAUGGCAAAUGGUAUGUCGGUAUGCUAAUGACUCUUUGA